ACCGUCUCUCAUCGAACACAUUGCGCCACACUCUGCAGCCUAAGCAUACUUUUAUGUGAGACUAUAUCCCAUCAUUACCCCUCCAAUCAUGGUACUGCGACGCUCUCCAAUGAGCCCCGAUGCCGGUGUUUCAGCACCAACAGUUGGCUUUACUGACGCAUUGCUAGAAUCCCAAGGAUAACUCCCCGUACUUAUCUCCAACGACCUGGUCUUUCUCGGCCCUUUUACCAAUCGUCGACGAUGUCCAAAGCUCACGAUGACUUCGACAAAGUCCAGGCCUCCCGGCCAGAUUUCAACCGGGACAUCCCUGUCACUUAUUCGAAGUCUCCCAAGCCCGACUGGAAGCAGGGAGAGGGAGGCAACGAUGGAGGGGAGAGCUUGAAGAAGAACCAUGUGCAAAUCGACCCUUACGAGGAAGGGCGCCCUGUAACUUCCAAUUACAAGCUUCUCAUCUCGGGAAUGGUUCCCAGACCGAUCGCGCUCAUCAGCACGAAGUCCAAGGAUGGCAAAACCGCCAACCUGGCCCCAUUCAGUUACUCCCAGGUCAUCAACCAUGAUCCUCCGCUCCUCGUUGUGGGUUUCGUUGGCUCUCUUGACAAAGCGAAAGAUACACUAAAGAACCUGGCGGAGACCGGGGAAUGUGUGAUCAAUAUCAUCUCGGAGCACUUCGUUGAGGCAGCGAAUGCGACCUGCAUUAACGCACCCUAUGGUGUAUCGGAAUGGGAGAUCUCGGGAUUACACCAAGAGCCCAGCGCCGUUGUUAACCCAGCACGGGUCAAAGAAUCCAUCAUGUCCAUCGAGGGGAAACUAGUCGAGACCAAGGAAUUCGAAAGCAGAACAACUCCCGGCAAGACGUCUAGCGUCCUCGCAAUUAUUGAAGGUGUCCGGUUCUGGGUUCGAGAUGAUGCGAUCAAUGAGGAUAAGAGCAUUGUCGACCUUAAGGUCCUCAAGCCGAUCAGUCGCUUGGGCGGAAUCUCAUACGGGCGGACUACCGAUGCUUUUGAGAUUCCCAGGCCGCAAUUUUAAUGAUAUGGCAACGUUUGGUGAUGUAAGAGAGGGCGUAGGCCUUCCGUGUCAAGACUGUAGUCUUUUGGAAGCAGGAGGUGCGGUAGAAUAAUAGAUAGAACCCUUUGGGAUAAAGAGGACAUGG